CCCCAGCCCCCCACAAGCUUCCAAACAAAGAGAACUAAUGGAAAGUGAGAUUUGAAAGUUUUAUUCUCUUAUUUCCACCAUACAUAUAUAUACACACACACACACACCAACAAAAUUAAUAGUACUAAUACUUAUCUGGUAAAUGGGUAUGAGGUGCAUCUGGUUUGAUUCAUGUUCAUGGCAGCAGAAAUAGAUCUUUCUCUCAGCCUAAAAACCCUCAUUCAUGGAGAUCGUUUGUGAUCGGGCUGGGGUUUCGAGAUGACCAUGUUUUCGGCUGAGAAGCGGAGAUUUUGCGGCGGCGAGGGUUAUGGUUUCUUAAGCGUAGGAUCGGAUCUAGUUGGUGGAAUGACGGAGGAAAAGGGAGAUACUCAUGUUCAGGAAGGCGGUGAAUCGAGCUCCAAAGACGAGGAGUGGCUGCAGCUCAGCAUCGGCGGUGGCGGUGCCCAAGAUGCUGGAAAGAAGAAUAGGCCGCCGGUGGAGUUGGAGUUGUUGCCUCAUUCGCAAAUUAGGCCGGAAACGUAUCGGGCUCCGGCCGGGUUUAGCCCCUCUUUUAUAUCAUCGCAUCAGCACGAGAUUAACUGGGCGUUUAGGCCUAUUCCGAUUGCUAGUCCGUCGCCAUCGCCCUCUUAUUUUGUGAGGCCGGCGUUCCAGCUGUACGAGGUGGGUGCAGCGCCGGAUUUCAGAGUGGUGCAGCCCCCGAGGAGGCCGCAUUCUGGAGUCUGGUUUAUGCUCCAAGCAUCGCAUAAUCAGGAAAGAGAGCCAUUUCUUCCCCAGAUAUCCAAGAGCUACUUGAGAAUCAAGGAUGGGAGGAUGACGAUUCGACUGGUGAUAAAAUACCUUGUUAACAAGCUUAGCUUGGAAGAUGAAUCAGAGAUAGAGAUAAGAUGCAAAGGACAAAGGCUUCUACCUUUAUUGACACUGCAGUAUGUAAGAGAUAACAUUUGGAGUAGUUCAAGGGAUUUCAUCACCUUGCUUCCCAAUUCCUCAACUACUCAUCACAUAAUGGUGCUUCACUAUGCUAGAACCCAUCCCUCUAAUUAAAUAUUCCAACCCGACCCGACCCGACCCAACAGGACUCCGGCGAUCGAUUUUAACUUUAAAUUAUCAAUUCAAGUACUUUUUAUAUCUUUUCAUUGUUCGUUAUCUUUUGAUUUCGGUUUCAAUACUUCUAGGUAGUGGUUUGUAUUUUUUUCUUUUUCAAUUCUUCUUUUUUUCCCUCUCUUUAAAUUAUUAAUUUCUCUUGCAAUACGAUACUAAUGAAGAGUAGGUUGAAGAAGUAAUUAGCCCCAUCCAUGUAAAAGGUGUUGGGCCGUCGUGACUUGGCGUAACUUAUGUUGGCUUUGGGGCUUUCAUUAAAUCUCCUAGCCAAUUUGAUUAGAGAUUUGUGUGUUUCAUUAAUUGGACUAAUGUAAGAUGUAACUUCUUAUCUUUAUUCUAGCUCUUCCUUAA